UACAAAAAGUACAUAUCCCACCUGAGGCUGAUGAGGAACAAAGAAGCUUUUUUUUCAUGAGUGAAAGAGCAUUAACAAAUCAUCAUUCUGCUCUUCUUGUCCUUCUUCAAGACCAUGGGGUCUUCCGAGCUGGUCAGUGGAGUCAGCAGGCAAUAAUACAUCAUGGUCUUCAACAUGGAAGUCAGAUACCAUGUAUUCAGAUGGCAUUGCAGGCACAUCAUGAUGUAAUUGUGCUAAAUCCCAAUGACAAUUUUAUGGACCUAAAUAUGGCAAAAAAGUGGAACAACCUCUUAACACAAAAUAUUGAGUCUUCUUCCCCCAAAAUGGCUCAAACUGAGAGUUUUUUCUCUCUUCAGCAUCCUCCCCAAUGCAUUCCAAAAAGAUACAGCAACACCCCUGAAGAACACAUGGCUUACAUAUGGGAUUACUUCAUUUCAAAGACUGAAGGCAAGGAUGUUGCCUUCAUCGUACAUGGUUAUGGAGGCUUGGUUUUUAUGGACUUGCUUGUUCGUAGAAAGUGGGAAGUGAUGAGCAAAGUAUAUGCUGUUGCACUUAUUGACUCUGAACAUCACGUAGGACACCAGCUGGGAAGUGAUGUACAAUUAUUAGCAUGGGUAAAGCACCACUGCCGUGAAUGGGUGACAAGUCCUAAGCCUUUGGAUAAGCCUGCAGCUUCUGUUUUGAAAAAGCAGUUUCCUAUGGUUUCUGCUGGCACAGAAAAAUACCACUUAGCUCCUUCCUCUAGCCUUCAGUCAAUUUUUAAAUACUUACAAAAAGCUUUGAAAGCCAAAACAACUAUUAAUUUUUCACGAAUGCCAAUAGUAACUAGAAGCUCCACAAAAAGAAAGCAAAGUGCCUAA